AAAGGAGUCUACGUGGGGCUGGGGAAAUGUUGGCUCUCUCGCUGACUCUGUGCCUCUGGUGACUCUGUGUGGUACUGGUGGAAUUGUCUAAUCACAGUGUCCUGCCUUCUGCAAUAGGAGUGAGCGGGGCAUAGGAAUCUGCACUGGACACAUCAGAAUCCUUGCUUUGAAUAUGAAAAGGAAUUGGCUCAUGUAAUUAUGGAGGCUGGGAAGUCCAAAGUCUUCAGGGUGGGCUAUCAGACUGGACACAAGGGGAGAGCCAAUGUUGUAGUUGAAGUCCAAAGACUGUCUGCUGCCUAAUUCCUUCAUGCUCCAGGGAGGUAUAUUUGCUUACUUAAACUACCAUGUUCCUCGCACAAGACGAGAAAUCUUGGAAACCUUGAUCAAAGGCCUUCAGAGACUAGAGUACAGAGGAUAUGAUUCUGCUGGUGUGGGAGUUGAUGGAGGCAAUGACAAGGAUUGGGAAGCCAAUGCCUGCAAGAUCCAGCUCAUUAAGAAGAAAGGGAAAGUUAAGGCACUGGAUGAAGAAGUUCACAAACAACAGGAUAUGGAUUUGGAUAUAGAAUUUGAUGUACACCUUGGAAUAGCUCAUACCCGUUGGGCAACACAUGGAGAACCCAAUCCUGUCAAUAGCCAUCCCCAGCGUUCUGAUAAAAAUAAUGAAUUUAUUGUUAUUCACAAUGGAAUUAUCACCAACUACAAAGACUUGAAGAAGUUUUUGGAAAGCAAAGGCUAUGACUUUGAAUCGGAAACAGACACAGAGACAAUUGCCAAGCUUGUUAAGUACAUGUAUGACAAUCGGGAAAGUCAAGACAUCAGUUUUACUACCUUGGUGGAGAGAGUUAUCCAACAAUUGGAAGGUGCUUUCGCACUGGUAUUUAAAAGUGUUCAUUUUCCUGGCCAAGCAGUUGGCACAAGACGAGGUAGCCCUCUUUUGAUUGGUGUACGAAGUGAACAUAAGCUCUCAACUGAUCACAUUCCAAUACUCUACAGAACAGGGAAGGACAAAAAGGGAAGCUGCAAUCUCUCUCGUGUGGACAGCACAACUUGCCUUUUCCCUGUGGAAGAAAAAGCAGUGGAAUAUUACUUUGCUUCUGAUGCGAGUGCUGUAAUAGAACAUACCAAUCGUGUCAUCUUCCUUGAAGACGAUGAUGUUGCGGCGGUGGUAGAUGGCCGUCUUUCUAUCCAUCGAAUUAAACGGACUGCAGGAGAUCAUCCUGGACGAGCUGUGCAGACCCUCCAGAUGGAACUGCAACAGAUCAUGAAGGGCAACUUCAGUUCAUUCAUGCAGAAAGAAAUUUUUGAGCAGCCUGAGUCCGUUGUGAACACGAUGCGAGGAAGAGUCAACUUUGAUGACUAUACUGUGAAUUUGGGCGGUUUGAAAGAUCACAUUAAGGAGAUCCAGAGGUGUCGGCGUUUGAUUCUUAUUGCCUGUGGGACGAGUUACCAUGCUGGUGUAGCAACACGUCAAGUUCUUGAAGAGCUGACUGAGUUGCCUGUCAUGGUGGAACUUGCCAGUGAUUUCCUGGAUAGAAACACUCCAGUUUUUCGAGAUGAUGUUUGCUUUUUCAUUAGUCAGUCAGGUGAGACAGCAGACACCCUCAUGGGUCUUCGGUAUUGUAAGGAGAGAGGAGCUUUAACUGUGGGGAUCACGAACACCGUGGGCAGUUCCAUAUCAAGGGAGACAGACUGUGGCGUUCACAUUAAUGCUGGGCCCGAGAUUGGUGUGGCCAGUACGAAGGCUUACACCAGCCAAUUUGUAUCCCUUGUCAUGUUUGCCCUCAUGAUGUGCGAUGACAGGAUCUCCAUGCAAGAGAGACGCAAAGAGAUCAUGCUUGGACUGAAGCGAUUGCCUGAUUUGAUUAAGGAGGUACUGAGCAUGGAUGAUGAAAUUCAGAAACUGGCAACAGAACUUUAUCACCAGAAGUCAGUCUUGAUAAUGGGACGUGGCUAUCAUUAUGCUACUUGUCUUGAAGGGGCACUGAAAAUCAAAGAAAUCACUUACAUGCACUCUGAAGGCAUCCUUGCUGGUGAAUUGAAACAUGGCCCUCUGGCAUUGGUGGACAAGUUGAUGCCGGUUAUCAUGAUCAUCAUGAGAGACCACACUUAUGCCAAGUGUCAGAACGCUCUUCAGCAGGUGGUUGCCAGGCAGGGACGCCCAGUGGUGAUUUGUGAUAAAGAAGAUACCGAGACCAUUAAGAACACAAACAGAACAAUCAAGGUGCCCCACUCAGUGGACUGCUUGCAGGGCAUCCUCAGUGUGAUCCCCUUGCAGCUGCUGGCUUUCCACCUUGCUGUGCUGAGAGGCUAUGACGUUGAUUUCCCCCGGAAUCUUGCCAAAUCUGUAACUGUAGAAUAAGGAGCAUCUGCAACUCUGGGCGGUUGAGCAACACAAGACACCUUUUGUAUUUAACACCUUGAUUUAAAAUACCACCCUCUGAAGCCUUUUUUAGUAAAUCCUUAUUUAUAUAUUGGUUAUAAUUAUUCCACUCAAUUUGUGAUUUUUGUGAAAUUACCUCAUAUUUUUCCAGUAAUUUGUGGGGGAGUUUAAAUAAUGGAAUUUAUAUUGGAAUUGUUAUCACAAAGAGAUUCAGCUCUCAUUUUCUUCCAAGGAUGCCGGGUGUUGAAUUUCUGGGCCCUGCACUUCAAUCUGGGAAGAUUGUGUGUUUUUAGAAUAAUUGGCCUUUGUUUUACUGUGCUUCUCUUCAUUCAGCCCAAAGAAAGUAUAGUACAUUUAAUUGGAAUAUCUAAAGACAGAGGCAAUGUAUGCAAAUGCUUAGACAUUUGAUUAAGGUUUUGUUAAGUUUACGAAUCAAGAGAAGAUGCUGUGAUUUGUUUUGAAAUUUGUGUUUUGUUUUUAAAUCACACUUGUAGAACUUAAAAACCGAAAGCUUUUCUUAGUAAGUUGGGUUAACCUGAGUGUCUCUGACCCAUUGCUUAUUAUGUGGAGGUCUAGUUAGAGUUAAGGUAGGAAGCUAGAGUAUAGUAGUACAUUGGUUUUCUCCACUCUUAACAGCAAGUAUUUGCACAAUUUUAUAGCAGAAACUUUAAUUUUGAGCUGCUUAGGACAAUUGACAACAUGAUUUUCUGUGUGAAGUUGGGGGACCUCCAGGUGGGGCGUCCUGUUCUAGUUUUCCAUCUUCUAAAACUGGUUUUAUUUCCUUGUAUCUGUAGUUUUUUGUUCCUUGUGUUUUUGUUUUUGUUUUUUUAAUGACUUGUUCUUGGAAAUCACCACACAAAGUUGCUGUCAUGUGUCUGAGAUUAAAUCGGUACUGAUA